UCAUUCUUUUACUCCACAUUAAGCAUUAAUUAUCGCAUAACGACCCUUUAGUUCUUUCUACAUUUACGUUUAUUGACCUUCGCUUUUUCAUUCCCAAUCACUCUUCACUAUCAUUCUUCAACUCAUUUUUUAAUUGUACAGAUUUUUUUUUUAUAUACCUCUCUCCGUGUUUCAUUAUCAUUCCCUCUUACUUGUAAUCCAUUAUAUACCACAUACCGCCAUGUCUAACGCCCAACUCUCCACAUUGGCGCCAUUGUCAAAUAUCUCAGGCAUGGAUAUUAGUCAAAUGUUAUCAAACUCAAGUACUGGGAUGCCGCUUACAACGAUCCCUGAAAUGCCAGGUGACGAAGGGGAUGAAGAAGAAGAGAAUAGACGAAACAGACGAUCAUUUGCAGAAGGAUAUAGCCAUGAAGAACGCGUCUCUAGCAGUAACCGUAACAGCAUGAGUGACCGGUCAUCUUUCAAGGCUCGACGCACUUCAAGGCUAUCAAUCAAUAUGACAUAUGCCUUGCCAUCAACACCACCACUUUCUACCGCCGCCAUGACAUCAUCGCCUUUCGCGUCUAUCUCUACUACUUCUAGUUCUACUUCAAUCUCCCCGACUACGAACCCAUAUCAAUGGUCAAGUGAUCUUCGACAAUACAUCAUGUCAGAUAUUGGGCCUCAACCUUCUAAUAGCCAAGUACCAACACUCCGAAACAAUCAUUUCAACCUCAACAGCACAAUUACCAGCAAUGGUGUAGUACGACGACGAUCUUAUUCCAAGAACGUUGGCCCUUCCUUUUCUUCACCAAGCCCACCAUCAUCUUCUCAAUCCUCUCCAUCGUUGACUGAAGGCUGUUCAGCAACAUUUGAAGUGUCUGGACAUGCUGGACAUGCCGGAUAUGUAAACAAUAAUACCCACAUUAGCGACAUUAAUUAUAGUUGCAAGGGAUUGGGUGUUUCCUUACCUACUCCUAGGCAGCAACAGCAAAUGAAUAGUGUAGGACCCAGAAAAAUCCCAGGCCUAUACAGCUUUGUCAAGCUGCUAUGUCGAACAUUAUUCCAUAUCUUCUUUCGAGAAUAUGGUGCGUUCCAUACAGAAUCUAUCCCACAACAAGAGCCGUUACUCGUGGUUUCAAAUCAUGGCAACUAUUUACUGGAUGGAUUAGCAUUGCUGGCAACACAUCCUGGUCAGAUUUCCUUCUUGAUGGCCCAACCUAAUUUCAAGACUGCUAUCGGAGGUAUUGCGCGAAAGAUAGGCGCCAUUCCAGUGCUAAGGCCGCAGGAUGCAACAAAGUACGAUGGGGCGGGUCUUGUUACAAUAGCACAUGAUGGGUGCAGUAUUUCAGGCGAUGGAAUUGGUACUCAAUUAAGUCAAGGAGAUACAGUCUAUAUCGAAUGUGGAUCAUUUCAGGAUGCCACCAAGGAUGAUCGUGUAACUCAAUGCUAUGCUGUGGUUGAAGAUGUUAUAAACGAGCGCCAGGUGACGUUUAAGCAACCAGGACUGAAAUGGCUCCCUGCGACAUUGACUUCAGAACGAGAUAUUACCUAUAUCAAAUCUCACAAAAUUGUCGAUAGUGGUUCUCUCAAGAUCAGGGUGGAGUGUGGUAAUACCAUGAUAGGGAUCAACAAUGCGUUAAAAGCACAUGAGCAGCAGCAGAAUGCAGUGUUUAUGGCCAACAGUGCCACAGGCACGAUUGGAAAAUUUGUUCAAAAGAUCUUUUCGAAAUCUCCAGAAGCAGAGGCAAGUGCAGCAGAACGACAGUCGAUUUUGGCUGCCCAUGCGAUGGAGAACGGGACCUUCACUUCAGGCGCGGACAUUCCAGGGUCUGUUACAGCACCGCCCAAUAUCUUCCAGAAUACUGAAUCUACGCCGUUACUUCGGAAUAAGCGAUCAUUGAACUCACCUAUACGCGCUAUGUAUACGGCUGCAAGCCGUAAUAGCUCGAAUUUAAGGCUCUCAUCGUUUUCAACCAACCACAGUACUCGUGAUGUGAAUGGCGGCUACAUGGAUGCGGAUGAACAGGUGGGUAUGGGUGUGCAAUUGGAGGAAGAAGAUUUAUUGAAUCAGGGAAACACUUCAUUUGCAUAUAUGAUCACCGGAAACAAGGAUUCGAACUCUGCAACCAUUGCUCCGCCUACAUCGGCGAGACACGAUGUCGCUUCCUCACCAGCAAUGCUCACUCCACCAACAACUAGUAUGCGCUUCCCAACUGUUCCUUGUAUGUUUCAAUAUGCUCGCCCAAUUGAUCAUUCUAUGAUCUACGAGAGUGUUUGGAAGAAUUUUGAGGAUAAUAGGACUGUAGCUGUUUUCCCAGAGGGAGUCUCGAGUGAUGACUAUCAUCUGUUGGAUUUCAAAUACGGAUGUACAAUCAUGGUCUUGGGCUACCUUGCACGGCAGCAACAGAGGCAGGAGGAACAACAUUCAACAGCAGCGUCAACACCAAAGACUUUGAGGAUUAUACCCUGCGGCCUCAAUUUCUUUAAUCGUCAUCGAUUUCGAUCCCGUUUCUACGCUGAUUAUGGUCAUCCGAUAACAGUCCCAGACCACCUUAUAGAAAUGUAUCGUGAAGGAGGUGAAGCCAAGAAGAAAGCAUGUACAGAGCUGCUACAAAUGAUCCAUGAUGCCGUGGAAGGACUGACAUUGAAUGCACCAAACUAUGAUGAGCUGCGACUGAUCAAAGCCACGAGGCGACUUUAUAGUAGUACGCUAAAGAAACCACUGACGAUGCCUCAAAAGCUGGAAUUGACCCGUCGAUUUGCAAAAGGAUACUCCAAAUUGGUUUUGACUCCAAAAGUGGCAGAGAUCAAACGAGACAUUAAUGCAUAUGAUAAACAUUUGACGAACAAAGGCGUGCAAGAUUGGCAAUUGACUGCUGAUCCGAAUUUGAUAGUCGCUUUGGUCUGUACAUUGCCAGCAUUGUUUUGUCUUCCAGCAUUGUUUCUUUUAUCAUUGCCAGGAACACUUCUCUUCGAGCCUGUUGGGUUGAUAGCAACAUCAGCAGCCAAUUACAAGGGUCGGCAAGCCAUGUUGGCGUUUCAAUCUUAUUUGCCUGUCUCAAGAUGGCCAGGACGAGAUGUAAUUGCGACUUGGAAGAUUGUGGCGUCGUUGGCGUUGAUGCCGAUUUGUUUCAUUCUGUAUGCGACAUUGUUGACGAUCUGGGUGGGUCAUUGGGCGGCACUUCAUGAUUAUUAUUGGAGCAUGAGUCGAUUGAUGGUCUUUUGGAUACUGGCGACGUUUGUGCUGUUUCCUACGAUUGCAUACUGUACAGUAUGGAUCUGGGAAUGGCAGAUCGAUCUGAAGAUGCAGAUCCAAGUUUGGUGGUCGAAACUCUGUGGAGGAAAUGCAGAGAUGAAGCGAUGGAGGCGGGAUUUGGUUGGAAAAGUGAAUGAGCUGGUGGAGCGGAUGGGAGGACAUGAUGCGUUUGAUAUUUCUGGACAUUGUUAA